AUGCACCGCACAGUGCGAAAAAUCUUCGACCCCCAAACAUGCGAUAAAAUAGAGAGCAUGAAGAUCCUGCUCGUGGGGGCGGGCGGAAUAGGAAGUGAAUUCCUAAAAAAUAUAAUCACCAUAGGUUGUAGAAACAUCGACAUAGUGGACAUCGACACGAUUGACAUCACCAACUUAAAUAGACAGUUCUUAUUUAAGAAGGAUGAUGUGAAGAAGUACAAAUCGUUUGUCGCUAAGGAGAGGGCUCUCCAGCACAACAAAGGUCUAAACAUCAACGCCUACACAUUCGAUGUCUGCACGAUGAAAAGCAGUGACAUAGCAAAGUACGACUAUGUUGUGAACGCCCUGGAUAAUAUUAAGGCCAGAAAAUAUGUAAACAAAUUAUGCGUAAUGGAAAAAAAGGUCUUAAUUGAAGCAGGGAGCACAGGGUAUAACGGCCAAGUGUAUCCCAUCCUUGCAAAUGAAACAAAGUGUUACAACUGUGAGGAGAAACCCAAAAAUAAAACAUACGCCAUUUGCACCAUCAGGCAGACCCCAUCUCUACCUGAACAUUGCGUAGCCUGGGGGAGACUCAUUUUUGAGACUUUCUUCUGCAAAAGUGAUAAUGAAACUUUGAUUGACAUUAAGAAUCAUAUUGAAGAAGAAUCAAAGAAGAGAAAUAUGGACCAGUAUGAAAUUAUUACCUUCAUUUUUAACUACCUCUUUUACGACACCAUUAAGGAGCUCGCCGCAUUGAAGAAGGACUACGUCACCGAGCCCAUCCCCAUACAGUUCAACGGGACUGUAAAGAAGGAGGACAAAUGUGGUGAGACGGAAAAGGAGGGAGGUGAUCACCCCCCCAAUGGAAGUGGCCCCACCCAUGCAAGCGGACAGAACGAGGCGCAUAACGACAAGGAGACGGAACAAGCGGCCAUCAACCUGUCCUCUCAAAAAAUCUGGAAACAAGAUGAGUGCGUCAAAAUAUACACAGAAACGUUUUCAAAGUUGUAUAGCUACUUAAACAUAAAUAAAGAAGCGGAGGAGUACCUGGUGUUUGACAAGGAUGACGAUGACUGCAUCAAUUUCAUAACAGCCAUUUCGAAUUUACGAAUGAUGAAUUUUUCCAUUAAGCAGAAAAGCAAGUUCGAUGUGCAGUCCAUCGCGGGAAAUAUCAUUCCGGCUAUUUCGUCUACCAACGCGAUUGUGGCCUCGCUGCAGGCCUCACAACUCAUUCACGUUAUUGAGCACUUCGAACGUAUGAAGGGGGCCGAGAAUGUGGCCGCAAAAAACAGUUUAAGGGACAGCAAGGCAAAGCACGUCUGGGUCAAAAGUAUCGUCAGCGGGAACAGGAUGUUCUCACGAGGAAACAUUGUGAACGCUGAAAAUUUAGAGCCUCCCAACCCCAGCUGCUACAUAUGCCAACAGCCGAUGAUAAAUAUCUAUAUCAAAAGUUUCACCGAAAUGACGCUGUACGAUUUUGUAAAAAAUGUGUGCACAAAUGAGUUGGCCUUCUUGUACCCCUUCCUGGACAAGCAGGAUAGAAACAUCUUCGACUAUGACUACUUUUUGGAGGAGGACGAUGAGUACAUAAAGGGGUUGCAGAACUCGCUCAGUGAGUGGGACAUACAAAAUGACGAGAUUCUUAUUUUGACGGACUUUCAGAAUGAUAAGGAUCAGCUGGAGAUUCACCUCAAGGAGGAUCCCACCCUGCAGACACCCUAUGAAAUAAAGCAGAAAGUUGUCAAGAAGAGGAAAGCAAAGGAGCUGCUUGAGCCGGAGGAGCCUCCCCCCAGCGCAAAAAAAAGGAAACAAAUAAACCAGGAGAAAGAUUCCCUGAACGAUAAAAAGAAGGUAUGCACCCAGAACAGGGUAGAAGAAAUCGUCAUCGAGGACGAAGAAUGUGUGAACGAUAAUUUGGUGCUAAUCGAUUGA